AUGCAAGCCAGGUACCUGUCAGAACCUUCAGGCUCCAGCAGGUGUCUCAGAAUAGGAGUCAACCCACCCAAAGAUGGCAGGCUCACCCUCAGAGAUAAUUCAGAAUCACCGCACCAGCCCCCACACACACUGGGGAACUGCAACGCAGGUGCCAAGUCUGUGAGGGGCACGGUGGUCUGGGGUCCAGAAGCAGUGGGAGGUCUGGUUUCAGCAUCUGGAAGCCUGCAUAAGUCGGCCAGGGCCGCCGCAGCCACCUUGACCGCUGCCGCCAUUGCCGAGGAGCUGUCCGGGGCCACGACCUACACCGAAGAUGAUUUCUACUGCCCGCUCUGUCAGGAGUUGCUCAAAACGCCCGUGGGGACCGUGGCCUGUCAGCACGUUUUCUGUAGAAAAUGUUUCCUGACUGCAAUGAGAGAAAGUGGAAUACAUUGUCCCCUAUGUCGUGGAAAUGUGACUAGAAGAGAAAGAGCGUGUCCAGAACGGGCCUUAGAUCUUGAAAAUAUCAUGAGGAAGUUUUCGGGUAGCUGUAGAUGCUGUGCAGAACAGAUUAAAUUCUAUCGCAUGAGACAUCAUUAUAAAUCUUGUAAGAAGUAUCAGGAUGAAUAUGGUGUUUCUUCUAUCAUUCCAAACUUUCAGAUAUCUCAAGAUUCAGUAGGGAAUAGUAAUAGGAGUGAAACGUCCACAUCUGAUAACACAGAAACUUACCAAGAGAGUACAAGUUCUGGGCAUCCCACCUUUAAGUGUGCCUUGUGUCAAGAGUCAAAUUUUACCAGACAGCGUUUACUUGAUCACUGUAACAGUAACCACCUAUUUCAGAUAGUUCCUGUGACAUGUCCUUUUUGUGUGUCUCUUCCUUGGGGAGAUCCUAGCCAGAUUACUAGAAAUUUUGUUAGUCAUCUAAAUCAAAAACAUCAGUUUGAUUAUGGAGAAUUUGUGAAUCUUCAACUAGAUGAAGAAACCCAAUAUCAAACUGCCGUUGAAGAAUCUUGUCAAGUAAACAUCUGA